UGAGAAUUAGGGAGGAAGGGGAGGAGAGGGUGAUGCUUUUCCUGUCCAGCUGACCUAUCAUUGUGCUCAUCACCCUGUAGGUGAUGCACAUGCAGAGAAGAGAGAGGAGAAGUCAUCUGUGCUGCGGGGGGGGGGACCACUCGCCUUGUGACAUUUGGCGCCACUAAUUGCCUCUCUGAUUAAUUAGACUACCUGUGAUGGUGCAAACUGUGGCUGGGAGAUUCCCCGCUGUGCUGUGAACGCCUGCUGCCACUGUCUCUUUUGUUCCGAGCCAACGUUCACCAUGACGCCGGAUAGAGACGCCUGUUGGACGCGAUGACAGCCAACAAGGAGAAGAGAAGGGCCAUCAGCCGAGAGGCAGCCAGAAGGAGACGACGGGUGGAGUCUGAGGUGUUUGAAGAUUUGUCUCGCCUCCUGCCGCUCCAACAGUCUGUCCGAGCUCACCUGGACAAGCCCUCGGUGAUCCGCCUCACCCUCAGCUACAUACGCAUGCACACUCUCCUCAAAGGGAAGACUGGGACAAAAGCAGAGGCCAGUCCCACAGUAAAAUGUGGACAAGUGAUGGAAGGUGGAGAGGAAUGUGACGGAGCACGUAAGGAGGAGGAGGAGGAGUUGGAGGAGAAAGAAACGGAGGAUUUCGAGGCCUCGGAGGAGACGAACAUGUACCUGAGGAUCCUGGAGGGAUUUAUGAUUGUCCUCUCCACUGAGGGAGACAUGAUCUACCUGUCUGACAACGUCAGCAAGUACAUGGGCUUGACACAGACUGAGCUGAUGGGACACAAUAUUUUCGAGUUUACGCACCCUUGUGACCACGAAGAAAUCAGAAACAACCUGCGUAUAACAGCAGAGGAAGUUUGGUGCAGUGCAAAGAGGGACUUUGUCAUGAGGAUAAAAAGCGCUCUGACACACAGAGGAAGAAGCGCCAACCUCAAGUCAGCUACGUGGAAGGUUCUCCACUGUCAAGGACGAACGAAGGUGUGCGUCGCCUCGUCUUCGGUUUCCUGCCUGCUGCUGACCUGCCAGCCUCUACCCCUCUCACACACACUCCUCAGCACACACACCUUCACCAGCCAGCACAGCAUGGACAUGAAGUUCACGUACUGUGACCAGAGAAUGACUCUGCUUUUAGGUUACAGCAGUGAGGAGCUGCUGGGCCGCUCCAUCUACGAUCUCUGUCACACGCUGGACACAAACUGUUUGACCAAAAAUCAUCUCAACUUGUGUUAUAAGAGUCAGUCAGUCAGCGGUCAGUACAGGAUGCUGGUGAGAGGUGGAGGUUACGUCUGGGUGGAGAGUCACAGUGCCGUCAUCCCCAGCGUCCGACCCUCCAAGUCCAGGCCCGGCGCCCACCAGCCGCUCUGCAUCCUCUCUGUUACCUAUGUCCUCAGUGGAGUGGAGGAGCCGUCCCUGCAGCUCUCUGUGGACCAGACUGUCCACAGAUAUUUGAGCUGAAACUUGAGUCUCAAAGAAACAACAAUCUUCUCUACCUCCGUCCGCGAAUUCAUAUCAGUUAUUUUCAUUGAUCGAGCUUUUAUUAAAUAUGAAACUUUCUAUUUCAAAAA